UGAGGAGGCAGAUCGGAUUCGAGAUCAGAGAUAUGUGGUAUAACUUAGGUAAGUGUAAAACAUGCUUUCCAGAUCAGAGAUAUGUGGUAUAACUUAGGUCCCCACAAGAUCAAGUUCAUACCAGAGAUGGUUGGUCCGAUCCUGGAGAUGACGCUGGUGCCGGAGAUCGAGCUGCGCAAGGCCACCAUCCCCAUCUUCUUCGACAUGAUGCAGUGCGAAUUCCACUUCACACGCAGCUUCCAGAUGUUUGAGAACGAGAUCAUCACCAAGUUGGACCACGAGGUGGAAGGAGGACGAGGAGACGAGCAGUACAAAGUCCUCUUCCAGAAAAUUCUCCUAGAGCACUGCCGUAAGCAUAAGUACUUGGCCAAGAGCGGUGAGAACUUUGUGACGUUGGUGGUGCGUCUUCUGGAGCGUCUCCUUGACUACCGGACCAUCAUGCACGACGAGAACAAGGAGAACCGCAUGAGCUGCACCGUCAACGUCCUGAACUUCUACAAAGAGAUCGAGAGAGAAGAGAUGUACAUCAGGUACCUGUACAAGCUGUGUGACCUCCACAAAGAGUGUGACAACUACACUGAAGCUGCAUACACACUGCUGUUACAUGCCAAGCUACUUAAGUGGUCUGAGGAUCCGUGUGCUGCCCACCUCACCCAGCGAGACGGCUGCCAGGCCUCCACCCAGUGCCAGCUCAAAGACCACCUCUACCAGGAGAUCAUCAACUACUUCGACAAGGGAAAGAUGUGGGAGGAGGCCAUCAUCCUGGGCAAGGAGCUGGCGGAGCAGUAUGAAAACGAGAUGUUUGACUUCGAGCAGCUCAGCGCAUUGUUGCGAAAGCAAGCUCAGUUCUAUGAGAACAUUGUGAAGGUGAUUCGGCCGAAGCCUGACUACUUUGCGGUGGGAUACCACGGCCUGGGUUUCCCCUCCUUCCUCAGGAAUAAGAUGUUUAUCUACCGGGGUAAAGAGUACGAGAGGAGGGAGGACUUUGAGGCGCGCCUGCUGACCCAGUUCCCCAACGCUGAGAAGAUGAAGAUCACCACCCCACCUGGAGAGGAGAUACGCACCUCACCUGCACAGUACAUCCAGUGUUUCACCGUUAAGCCGAUCCUCGAGCUCCCACCAAAGUUCCACAACAAGCCGGUCUCCGAGCAGAUUCUGAGUUUCUACACUGUCAAUGAAGUAAACAAGUUUCAGUAUUCCAGACCUAUCAGGAAAGGGGAGAAGGACCCCGAUAACGAGUUUGCAAACAUGUGGAUCGAGAGGACGACUUACGUCACCGCCUACAAGCUGCCUGGCAUUCUGCGAUGGUUUGAAGUCAAGUCCUUCUCCACGGAGGAGAUCAGUCCUUUGGAGAACGCCAUGGAGACGAUGCACCUGGCGAAUGAGAAGAUCAACAACAUGGUGCAGAGGCAUCUGAACGACACCAACCUUCCCAUCAACCCCCUGUCCAUGCUGCUCAACGGCAUCGUAGACCCGGCAGUCAUGGGCGGAUUCACAAACUACGAGAAGGCCUUCUUCACAGACAAGUACAUCCAGGAGCACCCUGAGGACCGCGACAAGAUUGACAAGCUCAAGGACCUGAUUGCCUGGCAGAUCCCGUACCUGGCGGAUGGCGUUCGUAUCCAUGGAGAGAAGGUGACGGAGGCUCUGCGGCCCUUCCACGAGCGCCUGGAGGCCUGCUUCAAGCAGCUCAGAGAGAAGGUGGAGAAGCAGUACGGGGUCAAGACUCUGCCGGGUGCUGAUGAGCGUCGCGGUGGCCAGAGGCCUCGCUCCAUGGUGCGUUCCUUCACCAUGCCCUCCUCCCAGCGCCCGCUGUCUGUCGCCUCCGUCACCUCCAUCUCCUCCGACAACUCCCCUUCCAGGCCCGGCUCCGACGGGUUCACUCUGGAGCCCCUGCUGCCUAAGAAAGUGCACUGCAAGUCCCAGGACAAGCUGGACCGUGACGAGGCGGAGAGGGAGCGCAAGGACAAGGAGAAGAAGAAGGAGAAGAGGAACAGCAAACACCAGGAGAGCUUCGACAAGGAGCUCAAGACCACCACCGAGAUCCCCACGCAGGCAUCAGACACCGUCAUCCUAUCUGAAAUGAUCAGUCCCCUGCGUCCUCAGAGGCCUAAGAGUCAGGUGAUCAACCUGCUGGCCCCUGACCGGCGUCUCUCCGUGUCCCCGGGGCCUCCCACCCCAUCUGCAGGGGCCACUGCGGUGUCAGCAGUAGCGACCCCCCCGGGGGCCCCUCCUCCCAUCACCCCGCGGGCCAAGCUGUCCUUCAGCCUGCUCUCGGGAUCCAACCUGGAGCUGAAUGGGAUGGGCUGUGGAGAGAAAGGGGAAGUCCCGCCCCCGCUGCCCAUGAAGGGAAGCACGGCCGACUACGGAAACCUGAUGGACCUGAACCCUGAACUGGCCAGCCCGACUACGCCACCCCCUCCCCCACCACACCACAGGCAUCUGCCUCCGCCGCUGCCGAGCAAGACUCCCCCUCCACCGCCCCCAAAAACAACGAGGAAGCAGAACUCCAUCGAUUCAGGAAUUGUCCAAUGAGGAGGAAGCAGAACUCCAUCGAUUCAGGAAUUGUCCAAUGAGGAGGAAGCAGGCCUCAAUCGAUUCAGGAAUCGUCCAAUGAGGAGCUACACUAACGCGUCAGGAGGAACAAAGCAAACUGUAUUGAACUGAACCAAACCUGAACAAACAUUGACCAACCCCCCACCCCCCCACAAUCCACACACACACACGCACACACACACACCACCACCACGCGCCCUGUCCCCAUCCACCAAAAGAAAAAGACUGAACUGAAAUUGUGUACCAGUGUUUUUAGAUCUAGAAUUUUCCCCUUCCUCUCCCCAGUUGUUUAUUUCUUUUUUGGUGAGCUGAAUAGCUCCUCAAGGUUUGCCUGUGAGACAGCAGCUGUCCACUACGUGCCUCUUAUGCACCGCGAGCUCCGCUAGGGAGCCCAGUGCAAUUAAUAAUCACGGCUGUACUGCACGCAAGCUGUCAGCUGCCGACCCCACGGAGUACCCAUACUGUACCCAAAGCCCCCCAGGUAACCUCCACACUAGGGUGCAUCAAACACCAACGGAUCUCGUAAAAUCCUGUUUGUCUUUUGUAAACAGUAGGCCUAUUGCUUGUUUUGUACCAACACAACUUCUUUUGCAUGCGUUUCAGUAAACUUGAUAUAUGCUAAUGGGUAGCACAAUGAGCUUAUAUAGAUAUUGCAUUGAACUGGUGUUUUUAAUGAAAAUCAAUGAAGUGUGUUUUGAGGCUGUUUUGAUGGAAACUUGUAAGAGGAGUCAUUUGCCAGAAUGGUCCAGUUGCCAAAUCCACCUCCACUUCCCCAGGACACCAAGAGGAGAGAUGGACCAUCCAAGUCUCAUCACCUCAGCAAUGCAGUUUGCAUCCUGCUGUCUCUCAUAUGUAAUGUGUCUGCACUUCAGUAUUUUUUGUCUGUUUGAAAUCCCUUGUACAUGUUUUUUUCCCACCUGUCUGAGUUCUAUCACCUGUGCACCCAUCCUUUAGUCAUGUUCUUGUUAUUUGACGUCCUGAGAAAGUGCUAAUUCAACUGGACCUUUCCUCUAAAUUCCUCCCCUUUGCUAAUUUUGAUCAAAGCAGCCUCAAAACAGUCUUUUUCACUGAUUUUCAAUAAGACAUAUAAUGUCCAUUUGCUGUAAUUGAACAUUUUGACGUAGAUCAAAUUUGGUUUUAAAAAUGUUCAAGGAAGUUAUGUUGGUACAAACAAUGCAAAAGAAGAGUGGGGGUUUAGCGAAGUCGUGGGUGUUUUAUGCACACUACUCCACAGGUGUUUUAGUGUUUGACUUUUUCCCUUUUUGAUGAGUACAUUCUGACCAAGCAACCAGUAGUCAACAAGGACCACUUUCAGGAAACUGAGGUUUGAUUGCUUUAUUCUGCAGCAUUUUUUAUAAAGUUACUUUUCUCCGUAUAGCCCACACUGUUCUCAGUGUAUUACACUGUACAGAGUUUUUAAUGUAUAUAUAAAUAUAUAUAUAUGAUUUAUUUUAUUUUUAUUGUCCUUUCUUGAAAAGUGAAUUCAUGAUGAUUUUUUGUAUUAACAUCACAUAACUAGCAUUUUACUUCAGAAAAAGGGCUUGUAGUUUUUUAAAUGACAGGGACUGUAAUGUACCAUUAUGUAAAUUACCUUGUGAUUUUUGUUUUGUUUUUUGCUUUUGAGAGCGAGAGAGAGUGUGUAACUAACUAACUCUCCACAAUACCAUCAUUGUAUAGAAUUUCCUCAUGCAUUGCUGUAACCAUAGAUUCCAGUAACAUCAAAAUGUUCAAAAAUUCACUACUGACUUUGAAAUAAACUCUCUAAAUGUAUUUUUAAA